AUGCAACAAGUUACGAAGAACCUGUCUGAUACGGGCUCACCCUCUUCCGCUGGCGAGUCUGAAGUAUCAGAACUGAACAGGACGAAUGGGCUCGACGUUCUUGGAUAUGCGGUUGUUGUGACAAAACGCGAGGCUGCUCUGUGUGAUACCUCGCAAGAAAACCUCGCCGAGAUGGCAGUCUAUGGUAACAUCGUUGUCAAGCGAGUGGAGUCAAAAUGGCUCAGUAUUCUUGCCAGCCUCUAUUGGCGAGCUGUUCGGCAGGAAGCUAUGUGCGACAUCUUGCAAGCACUCGAACGCCGCAAUGUCGGAUGA